GGAUAAUGUGCUAAAAUAGUAUGUGCUAUUUUAGCACAUGCCAAACAACCACUUAGUAAGAUUGUUCAGUUUUUUCACCAAUAUACUUUCUAAGAUCUUUAGUAAGAUUGUGAUUGGAAAGUAAAAACGUGUCUGUAAGAGUGAAAAAGAAACAACGUGUCCCUUGGUAGGAAAAAGCUUCAACAGGAUUUGUUUGAUAGUCUCACGAAGGUGAUGACCAAAAAAGCCCACACAGAACAGGACAUGACACGAAUGCAAUAGUUUUGAAAAAUAUAGUACACGAAAUGUCAAGAGGCUCAAAAUAAAUAAUUUUAUAUAUUUAUUAUAUGUUAUGUAUAGAAUUUUUUUAUUUAAAAACAAUACUACAUAACAUUAAUUCCUUAAACCCAAAAUAGUAGUGAUUAUUACAUAUGACUGUAGAUUGUUUUUUUUAUCAUCAAUGCAUCAUAAGUUUAAGCACAGAAAAAAAUAUUCAAUAAAAAAUGGGUUAUUCCCCUAUCUAAGCGCUUUCCCCUCUACAAUAGUCAUCUCAUGUAUGUUUAAUGGUAGGCACAUGAACCCCUUAGCGUCCAAAGCUGUUCGAGUCAAAAAAUUAGAAAGAGGACAUAUUGAAACAUGCGUCCAACACGUGUCUGAAAGUGUCGACGCCACAUUCUUGAAAGCUCUGCAAGGCAGCAUAAUGCUUCCAGAAUCCAGAUCAAGGACAUGGCAUUGAAAAUGUCGGGUGCCUAUAAGCAAUGCAAACCCUGUACAGGUUCCAGCAACUACAAGAAAGGACAACGAUCUUUCCCAGACUUUGAUACAAUUUCAGAAGGGGUUCCCUACCCCUACAUGCAACCAGGAAGCUCGAGUUCAACACCUGCAUGGGAUUUCACUACCACAGGUCACCGGACCGGUGGAUCUGAUUCGAGGUUCACAGGGGCAUAUGGCGGUGACCGGACCCCUAGAGGAUUAGAAUCUAUCUCCGCCCGGACUGGUGAAGUGGUGCUAGAGGAUGAUGAUGAGCCCAAGGAAUGGAUGGCACAGGUGGAACCUGGUGUUCAAAUUACUUUUGUUUCACUUCCUAAUGGUGGGAAUGAUCUGAAACGAAUCCGCUUCAGCCGGGAGAUGUUUAACAAAUGGCAAGCUCAACGAUGGUGGGGUGAGAACUACGAUAGAAUCAUGGAGCUCUAUAAUGUCCAGAGAUUCAACCGGCAAGCUCUUAACACUCCCCCAAGGUCUGAGGACGAGAGAGAUUCUUCUUACUCAAGACUAGGAUCGGCCAGGGAGAGUCCUAUAACUUCAUCACUAAACAAAGAAUGGACGCCAAGAAACUAUUAUAAACCUUCUGGCAGUAAAGGGAAUUUCCCACCAGAGCCUCCAGAUCAAGGAGGCAGCCACCACUACAACGCUGGGUCCAGUACUUAUGUUACUAGUGGCCCAAAGGGUGAGACAUCAUCAAUGGAUGCAUCAAGGACAACAACGUCCUCUAGAGACGAGGCUUCAGUUUCAAUCAGCAAUGCUAGUGAAAUGGAAUCGGAAUGGGUUGAGCAAGAUCAGCCUGGGGUUUACAUUACCAUCAGACAACUAACUGAUGGCACUAGGGAGCUGCGGCGUGUCAGAUUCAGCCGUGAAAGGUUUGGAGAGGUGAAUGCCAAGACCUGGUGGGAAGACAAUAGGGAGAGAAUACAAGAACAAUAUCUUUGAAUUAUAUACAUAUUUUUCACAGGGCUAAUUCUGCAGUUAGAGCACACUUUCUCUGGAAAUGGAACCAUUACAUUUUGCUUCUAAGCAUGUGAUGGUGCAAAUCUAUUUACUAAAAGGGAGUCACCACCGAUUCGAUUAUCAACUACAAUAGUUUUAGGAUCGAAACGGGAUCAUGUCCUAAUGCUCUUUGAUGAUCCCUGACAGUCAGGCAUUUGUGAUGAUGAUUCAGUCUGUACAGUGGCCCUAUUAUAGUAGAUAGAAAUAUAACUUGAAUGGAAUGCCAUGUAAGGAUACAGUAAUGGUGUAGUUUCUGGAGGCCUUUUAUUUUAUAUUUUACAUAUAUAUUCUUUUUUGUUGUUUCUGUCUCUGAUCUUUCACAUGUCAUCAUACCCAUAUUUGAAAGAGACAAAAAAAA